CUGAAAUGCUAUUAUUGUUCCGAACGAUCCCAAAUAUCCCAUAGUCACGCUUCGUCUUGCUCCCGCCUGCGGUUUGUCAACAUGGUGCUGGAGGCAACUGUGAUUUGUAUCGAUAAUUCGGAAUGGAUGAGGAACGGGGAUUACUCGCCCAGCCGGCUCCAGGCCCAGGCCGAUGCUGUUAAUAUCAUCUGUGGAGCUAAGACUCAGUCGAAUCCAGAGAAUACUGUCGGAGUGCUGACAAUGGCCGGGAAGGGUGUGCGAGUUCUUGUCACUCCAACCAGUGAUCUGGGAAAGAUCUUAGCUUCCAUGCAUGGGUUAGAAAUUGGUGGUGAGAUGAACUUGACUGCGGGAAUCCAGGUUGCUCAAUUGGCACUUAAGCAUCGCCAAAAUAAACAACAGCAACAACGGAUCAUAGUUUUUGCUGGAAGUCCAAUCAAAUACGAUAAGAAGGCGUUAGAGGUGAUCGGGAAAAAGUUAAAAAAGAACAAUGUCACUCUUGAUAUUGUUGAUUUUGGAGAAUCUGAUGAUAGCAAACCUGAAAAGUUGGAGGCUCUUCUUGCUGCAGCAAACAAUAAUGAUAGCAGUCACAUAGUUCAUGUUCCUCCUGGUCCCAAUGCUCUUUCAGACGUACUUCUAAGCACACCUGUAAUUUCUGGAGAUGGGAAUAGUGGAAGUGGCUUUGCUGCUGCUGCAGCUGCUGCAUCUGCAGUUGGUACAAAUGCCUUUGACUUUGGAGUGGAUCCUAACCUAGAUCCUGAACUUGCUCUUGCACUUAGAGUUUCAAUGGAAGAGGAAAGGGCGAGGCAGGAAGCCGCUGCUAAAAAGGCUGCGGAGGACGCUGAUAACCAAGAGAAAGGCAAUGAGUCAGCAUCGAGCUCUCAGGAUGCAUCUAUGGCUGAAGCAGUUAGCAAUUCAACAAUUGCAGCUGAUCACAAAAUGCAUGACCAAACGGAAGAUGAGGCUGCAUUGCUAGAGCAAGCACUUGCGAUGUCUAUGGAUGAUGCUAAGUCUUGUGGUUCAAUUAUGCCAGAUACUGAUAUGUCAGAUGCUGCUACGGAUGAUCCAGAGUUGUCUGCUGCCCUUCAAUUGUCUUUGUCAAAGGGUGAUGUAGAAGACAUGCCGACUCAGACUGAGAUGAGCAAGGUGCUAGAGGACCAAUCAUUUGUUUCAUCCAUUCUUAACUCGCUCCCUGGUGUCGAUCCUAAUGACCCUUCGAUGAAGGAUUUGUUGGCAUCUUUGCAAGGUCAAUCAGAGCCACAACAAAAGCAAAAUGAAGAUAAGACCGAAAAUGACGGUGACAAGUAAAUGUUUUCAAGAUUGCUCACGAAGAUGAAAACUUCAUUCCGAAGGGUGAGGAUAUGUCAAGAUGGAUGAUAACCAAGACUACUCUUGUUGUCAAGUAAGGGUAUGAGUUCUUGGAAAGUUAUAAACACAAGCAUCCCUUUAAAUUUAAUGACUUUUCCAUACCAUAAUUCUGUUCUGGCUGAACCCUGUUUCUCUCAGAUGGUCAAGCUUUCAUUGAACAUUUUGUUUUCUAAUGGAGUUUGUGCACAUAAUUCAGUUUCUACUUUUCAUCGUUGGCUCUAAUAUUUGCUAAAUGGAUUUUUAUUUUCAA